AUGGCCGGCUCACCCAAUUCCAACCUACGCGGCUUCAACCACGCCGUCUACACCCUCCUCAAACAACCAACUCAAUUCCUCCCACAUCUCACAAUCCCAACCUUCACCCAGCUCCCCGAGAACCUAGGACCACACCUGAUCAACGCAAAGAAAGGGCCCCAAACACAAAUACCCACAAUCCGCGCCCUAGUCCUGGACAAAGACAACACGCUCUGCGCGGCGAAAACAACAACCUUCCCCCCACAGAUCCUAGCCAAACUCUCCUCACUCCGCACCUCGCCAACAUCCCUCUUCAACCAAACCACACACCCAGACUCAAUCCUCAUUGUCUCGAACCGCGCCGGGAGUCACCCGCGCUUCGACGGCGAAGUCUCCGAGCUGGAAGCGCAGCUUGCGCCUCUGCGCAUUCCUGUUUUCCGGCUGCCGGCGGGCGCGGAAAAGAAGCCCUUUUGCGGCGAGGAGGUUGUGCGGUGGUUUCGGGAGAGGGGGGUUAUUGAUUCUCCGCAUGAGAUCGCUGUUGUUGGGGAUCGGCUUGGGACUGAUGUGCUUAUGGCGGGGAUGAUGGGGUCGUGGAGUGUUUGGUGUAAGGAGGGUGUGUUUGAUAUUGGGAUGGAGGGGAAGCAGGAGCGGAAUGUCUUGGAGAAGAUGGAGGUUUGGAUUGAAUGGUUCCUUAGGGUGAAGGGAGGGUAUGAGGCGCCUUUGCCGAUGGGGUGGGAGAAGCAGAAGCAGUCGUAA